AUGCUCAGCAGCAGACUCGGGCGGUGGACGAGAUCUCUCGGCCGCAUCUCGCCCUCAGCAUUGAUCUUCCCUCGUCGACUCUUCUCAUCUCCACCUCCACCUCCACCUCCAGCACCACCACUACCCACCACCGCCAACCUCCCUCCCGCCCAAGACCCGUAUCGCUACAGCGCCGGCCGCUGGCUACUCCGCGACGCGCAGCAGCGACAAGCGCGCCAUGUGCAGUUCGACUUUGCGCAGCUGUGCGCGAUCGCCGUGGGACUGAGCGAGGGCGCGUCGCGCGUGGCCAGCUACGAGAAGAAAGAAGGCGGGUACAACCGGGCGUUUGUGCUGGCGCUGGACAACGGCCGGCGCGUGGUGGCGAGGAUCCCGACGCGGGUUGCGGGGGCGCCGCGGCUGGCGACUAAUUCGGAGGUGGCGACGGUGAGAUAUUUGCAGUCGAAGAUAUCGCUACCUGUGCCGGCGAUUCUGGCAUGGAGCGAUGACCCUGCGAACCCCGUUGGGUGUGAGUAUAUCAUCCAGGAACAUGCGGAGGGCGUGCAGUUGGAUGAGCACUGGUCGCAGAUGAACACGCACCAGCAUAUGCUGUGUACAAAAGCCCUCUCCUUCAAACUAUCUGAGUUGGCAAGCUUGGACUUCCCAGCGUAUGGGAGUAUAUACUUUGCCGAUGCGCCGAUUGACGACGCGAGCUUGAAGAUUCCGCUGGAAGAUGGCUGUUGUAUUGGUCCAUAUUGCAGUCCUCUUUUUUGGAACCUUGGAGCGGGCGAGCCGGAGUUGUAUGGGGAGUCGAGUCCCAAUCGUGGUCCUUGGACAAAGCUAAGUGGAUAUGCGUCUGGUUUGAUAGAUACUGCCUAUUCCCGUUUACCUACUGAACAGGUUGCUGCGCAGGACCGCCGCCAUUUUCGAGGCUCGGUUGGGGAACACAGACGCUUAUUGAAGAUAUGCCAUGAAACCAUGAAACUAUUGAUUGAGGAUAGGCGUGUUCAAGAUGCUUCGAUUCCUACUCUUCUACAUGCAGAUUAUAAUAAGAGAAAUAUAUUUGUAUCCCCUGAUGACCCAACAACAAUCACCAGUUUCAUUGAUUGGCAAUUAACAUGCAUCGAACCCGCAUUCAUCUACGCUCAAAAUACCCCCGAUUUCGCUGCUCUCCCAGACAUCGACCCUUCGGAAGAAGAAGGAGAUUCUAGCCCAAAGAGCCGUGAUGAAGAAAAACUUCUAAAAGACCUCUCAAUCUGCCACCAAACCUAUGACGUUAUCGCCACCUACAAAUGCCCCAAACUCCGUCCUGCACGACAACUCGACCCGUCCCUUUUCCGCCUCUUCCACUACUGCUUCACGUCCUGGCGGGACGGCGCACCCGCUCUCCGCCAGGAACUCAUCGACCUCGCCGCCCUCUGGCCCAAGCUCAAUCUUCCAGGCUCCGAGUGCCCGUAUUCCCCCACCGAGAAGGAGCUUGCUGAGCAUGCGCGCCAUUUUGAGGACUUUGAGUCCAUGCAGAAGUUGAAGAUGUGGCUGAAGGUCUCCAUGGGGACGACAGGAGAUGGAUGGGUUCCAAAUGACGUGUGGGAGGCAGCAAGAGAGGCCAAUAAGGCUGCGUAUGAUGAGUGGAUGGAGACUGCAAGGGAAUCGGAGGCGAAAGGGGGCGAUAUGACGGUGGCUCGGGCGGAAAGGCUGUGGCCAUUUGAUAUAGUAUAG